UCACCUGUGUUGGCGCAUCCUGACCCUGGUAAGCCAUUCCACUUGUGGGCUAUGCCCUCUGAUACAUUCUAUUCCUCAGUUCUCUGCCAAACAAAUCAACAAAGCCAGAAGCCCUACAGACCGAUAGGAUACUUCUCUUGCAAAACACCCCCUGCUCUGCAAGGUCAGCCUGCAUGUGUACAGACUCUGGAUUGUUUUGAUUGGGCCUUGAAGGCCUCUGAACUCUACACAGGUUUUGCUCCAGUAAUUCUUCACACACAGCACAGGUUUGUGAAGCUGCUGGGUGAAAGCACCAUAAAGACUAUCUCUGCGCAACGGAGAGGUAGAUGGGAGACCAGCCUGUUUGAUCCCAGAGUGUCCGUUCAGACCGAGGAUGCCCUCAUCUUUGGGAACGCACUGAACCAUGCUGAAGAUUUCAGAAAGCUGGCAAAAGGGAGAGGUUGGAACAACCUCUUCUGCACAUCACCACACUUUCCUGUCCUGGACAGGCCACAGCCCUGUCCCGGCACACCUUUUGGAGGUGUAUUGCCAACGUUCCCACAUCGCACUCAAACAAGUGGGAUAGACCCGGCUACACACGCCCUUGAGGACAGCCUGUCUACAGAAGCAGGCACAUCAAGGGGGAUACACUUCAACGGUGAACACCGGUGUUGGCGGUUGCUCCACACUUACAACAGGGGAUGCAUUCCUACAUUUUCUCAAUGAAAUUGGAUCGACUUCUUCUAGUAUAGCAGACCUGUGGUACCAACGGGGUAGAAAACGCCCUCCACAGAGUCUGAAAGGGGGAAGGGAAGUCCACCCAACCCUCAGAUUAGAAAAAAAAAAAAAAAAGAAACAGAAGAGGAUUUGCCACUACAAUUGAGAAGAACUGUCUCUGGUGAAGAGGAUUUUGGUUAUGGCGACAACAACAAGGGUGUUGACCCCACACUGAUAGCACACACACACAGUGGCCAGUCGCAAAGGCUGUUUUGCCACCUCACAUACCGUAGCUUGCACUCUGUUUUUGGACGUUUUUCAGAUCAAUCUGUUGCAUGAAGGACAUUUUCAGAUAAAGAAGCUACACUGAUAAGAAGAAGGAAAAAAAAAAAAAUGUUGAUUACUGUGCUGUUUUGCUUGCUAACCUUCUUUCCUUCAGGACAUGGGCUCUGGCCAGAUGAUAUGAUCCAGUUCAAUUGUACGGCAGGGCAGUGCCUGCCUCUGGAUUGCUCUAUCUAUAUUUUGGAUUGUACAGGGGGAUAUGUGCGCAUUAGUGAAACAGAAUAUGCUGUGACCUUUUCUAACGAUAUAGGUCACGUGUCAGUUCAUUUCCCCUUUGGUAGUAAUGUCCAUACUCCAUUCUGGUGCUAUAGGGAUAUAAUGCACCCAGUGCAAGACAUACUCCUUGUGAUGUUCCUGAUUAUAUCUAUAAGAAUAUUAAGCCAGGUAUACAGUGCCAUACACGCCUUAUGCCAGAAAAGUGUGAAGUAAAAGCUUCACCAACCAAGAUACCUAUGAAGAAGAAGGCUAGGGCUAAAAUGGCCCUUCUGGCCAUUCCGGACACAAAGGCUGCUGUCCCACCACCUGCCCAGGUAAUCUCUAGUGGUCACCCUAGCAAUUUAGCUCCUAUUGAUUCCAGUGAUGCAAUGAGAUUGAACAGUUGGACCCACAAGAAGUAUCCAGCUCCUGGACUCUUGACUAAUGAUUUUGUAGGUACUUUUAUUUACAACACAUCCACAGGGUCUUGGCAGUGUGAUUGGCAGUCCAGAGAGAUUGUCACUCCAUCUGGAACACGAAUGAGUAAGCUCACAUCUUACACAUGUGGUUCUAAGUGCAUUAACCCCCCUCAAUCUAAAUGUCCAGAGAAUAAUGACCCAAGAGCUAUUGCACCUAUUUCAGCUAUUUCUGUAACCUCACGAGUUUGCCUGUCCUUUAAGGGUACGGGACUGAAGUUAGGAAAUUCAGAAUGUGAUAAACUCAUCCCUGCGGAAAAACUCAAAACACCCUUAGCUGCACCAAAGUGGUCUGCAUUUGCAUGUGGUAACACUGCCUAUGCUGCCAUUCCGGCAGACGCCUCCGGGGUCUGCUAUUUAGCCCACCUGGUCCCUCCGUCACGAGUCGUCUCUAAGAAGGAGGUGGAAUCAGCUCCUGAUGACUCACCUAAGCGUAAACGCGAUAUAGGGGAGACUGAGGAAUGGUUAGGAGUCCUCUUUGCUCCACUUGGUGUACGUGACCUACAGAAGGAUGUUAAGGGACUUAGGGAUGCCUAUGAGAAAACAGAAAAUGAAACUCUUAAAGCUAUCCGGAAUAUACAGGUUGAGGUCACCCAGAUUCGGGGAGUAUCACUUGAAAAUCGCAUGGGCAUGGAUCUUCUCUAUGCAUCACGUGGAGGUUUAUGCAGAGUUCUGCGACGUAAAGAGUGUUGCGUCUAUAUUUCUGAUGCCUCUAAAUCGGUUGAUAAUCUGAAAAGGGUGAUACACCAAUCUGAGGAGGAGAUCCAUAAGAAUAAUGGAAUUAUUCCAACCUCUUGGCAAAAUGAUAUAGAUGACUUUCUGAAUAGUUUAAGGGGAUGGACCAAAUAUAUUCUUUUUGGCUUAUUAGCUCUUGUUGUGAUUAUCUUGUUGAUUUGCUGUUUGAUUUAG